UCCGGCAGCCACGGGCAUCGACUUCGCGGAGCUGGGGAGCAGCCCCCUAGUCACAGAAUAAUGGGGCUUGAAGAGAUCUCAGGAGGCCAUCGAGUCCCUGGAUCCCUCUCCUCCUACGCGCUUGCCCCGGCUCCCCGUGGCCCAGCAGAUGCCCUGGGAAGCUCGCCGGCUCUGAGGCUGAACCAGCAGCAGCUCCACUGAUCAUGGUCAACAAGACCUUAAACUAUUGGGAUGCUGAUUUUGAGGACGAUGUCAUCAACAUUAAUGUCGGGGGUCUGCGACGGAGGCUCAGUUCCAGUGCUCUCUCUAAAUUCCCCAACACCCGGCUGGGGCGUUUGCUGUUGUGCGACUCGGAGGAGUCCAUCCUGCAGCUCUGUGAUGACUAUGAUGUGAGUGCCAGGGAGUUCUACUUUGAUAGAAACCCUGGCUUCUUCCUAUAUGUGCUGCACUUCUACCAGACCGGGAAGCUGCAUGUCAUGGAGGAGCUGUGUGUCUUCUCCUUCUGCCAGGAAAUAGAGUACUGGGGCAUCAACGAGUUCUUCCUGGACUCCUGCUGCAGCUACCGCUACCAUGAGCGCAAGCUGGAGAGCCGGCACUACAACUGGGACGACGAGAGUGAGGUCAGCAGCGUGGACACAUCCCCGGAUGAGAUCUUGGAUUUCAACCAUGACCUGCUCCGCUACAGCACCCUGCGCUGCGGCAACUUGCGCAAGCGCCUCUGGCUCACCAUGGAGAACCCAGGCUACUCCAUCCCCAGCAAACUCUUCAGCUUCGUGUCCAUAAGCGUGGUGCUUGUUUCCAUCGCCACCAUGUGCAUCCACAGCAUGUCUGAGUACCAGGUGCUCGACGAGAACGACAACUUGCUAGAUGACCCCAUCCUGCACAACCUGGAGUAUUUCUGCAUCGCUUGGUUCACCUUUGAAGUGUCCUCCCGCCUGCUCCUUGCACCCAACCUGAGGAAGUUUUUCAAGCACCCGCUGAACCUGAUUGACAUUGUCUCAGUGCUGCCCUUUUACUUCACCCUCUUGGUGGAAGUGACUCUGGGCAGUGACUCAGAGCUGGGGAACCUGGGCAAGGUGGUGCAGGUGUUCCGGCUCAUGAUUCACCUCUAUUGUUCGCUAGGGGCCACCUUGAAGCAUAGUUACAGAGAGGUGGGCAUCCUAUUGCUCUACCUGGCGGUGGGAGUCUCCGUGUUCUCCGGAGUGGCCUACACAGCAGAAAAGGAAGAGGACGUGGGUUUCGACACAAUCCCUGCUUGCUGGUGGUGGGGGACAGUCAGCAUGACAACUGUGGGCUACGGCGAUGUGGUGCCGGUGACCGUGGCCGGCAAGCUGGCAGCUUCGGGAUGCAUUCUGGGCGGGAUCCUGGUGGUGGCUCUGCCCAUCACCAUCAUCUUCAACAAGUUCUCCCACUUCUACCGCAGGCAGAAGGCCCUGGAGGCUGCCGUGCGGAACAGCGACAGGAAGGAACCCAAGGACUAUGAGAAUGAUCCCAGCCAGAACCAUGACUUGGAGGCUCUGGGGGAAGCCUUCUGGGAAGGAGGCAGAGAGGAGUUCCAUGAUCUAACCAGAGACACCCUUCCUGCACACUGAGUGCACUGAGACAGGAGAGUACAGCUCCUCCCUGGCACCCUCUGUCCUGGCAACGUGUGGCAGCAAGGACCUGGCUUGUACGCUACUUAUCCCUUCUCCCCUCACCGCCUCUCGCAGCGAAGUGAACAGAAGCAGAGAGUGCAGAUGCUGCUCACACAGCGCAUUGUCCUACCAGGACAAUGAAGCUACCAGAUCUAGAACAAGCAUGACUCUGUGUUAUCCAAACUCUCCAGAAAUCCAGCUGGCCUCUCUUAGCACACAUCACAAUGUUGGAUUUCAUCCCCUGUGGAGCAAGGGCCAUUCAGAGCCAAGGGCUCAAAGCAGUAUGCCCAUCAGGUGCCAGCUGUUUGCUGUCUUGAAUGGGGCAGCACUCAGCAGCUAUAUCCAUUUGGGCACUUCUUGAAUCACCGUAUUUACUGUGUUCAUGGCAAUGCUGUAAGUGCCCCCAAAAUGACCUAUAAGUGGGUGCCAGGAAAUCUGGGAUUAAACAUAAUGGACGAAGGCCUUGCCUACAUUAAAAGGAAGAUUGCAGCUGCCACAAUCAAUCUUCCAGAAUUCAGAGGGUCCCCCUGCCAGUGUCCAAUACUUCUUCUUUUGCAAGGAGAAAGAAAGGUGAUGGGAGCGUUUGCUCCUGUCGGCCUCCUGCUGUGGGGAAACCCCCAAGCUCGGCUUAAGGAAAACCGACUAAAGCUACAUAUUCGACGUAGCUGGAGUUGCGUACCUCAAGCUGAGCUGCCAGGUCUAGUGUAGAUUUGGCCUUAGAAAAGGAAACCAAAGGAAGAAACAGGGAGCCCUCAAUGUAUCCAACUGGCCUACAGGAAUGGUUGCCAAGAUCUUCAGUUAGCUAAGGGCAAUCAUCCUGCAACCUAAUGUUCUGUCACUGUCCAUCAUAAUGUUAACACAUAGGGUACGUCUAGACCAUAAGCCUCUUUCGAAAAAGACUGUCUAGACAGCCCCAAGUCUUUCGAAAAAGUGAGCCACUUUUUUGAAAGGAAGCACCCAGACAAUCUGGACACUCUCUUUCAAAAAAG